GACCAAUGAACAUAAUAAAGUCAAAUACUUUUGUAGUUUAUAGAGCUCACAGGUCAUGGCGAGAAGCUAUCUUUCGAUCAUUCUCUCAACUCUGCUUCUGUUUCUGCCUCUACUGACGGCAGCUGAAGCAGAGUGGAAACCAAAGAAGUUCCCAGUAGUGGUGAGUACUUGGUCUUUCAUAGAAGCGGCUAGAGCAGCUUGGAGAGCAGUUGAUAAAGGAAGCUCUGCAGUAGAAGCUGUUGUGGAAGGUUGUUCUGCUUGUGAGGAACUCCGCUGUGACGGUACAGUUGGGCCUGGAGGAAGUCCUAAUGAGAACGGUGAAACCAUGCUUGAUGCUUUAGUCAUGGAUGGGGUGACAAUGGAGGUUGGAGCUGUUGCUGCUAUGCGUUAUGUCAAAGACGGUAUAAGAGCUGCGUGGCUUGUGAUGAAGUACUCUCGACACACGUUGUUAGCUGGAGAAGGAGCAUCAGCUUUUGCAAUCUCCAUGGGUCUUCCUGGACCUAUGAACCUAAGCUCCCCUGAAUCUUUAAAGAAGUGGUCUGACUGGAAAGAGAAUCGGUGUCAACCAAAUUUUAGAAAGAACGUUGUCCCUGCAAACGGCUGUGGACCUUACAAGCCAAAAGAUGGCGGUAUUGAUGUUUCUACUGAGUCUUGUGAGAUGGGAACAAUAGAGUAUAGACUUCCUCCUCUUGUUGGUCCUCACAACCAUGAUACCAUAUCGAUGGCUGUUAUUGACAAGAUGGGGCAUAUAGCUGUUGGGACAUCCACCAAUGGAGCAACAUUCAAGAUUCCCGGAAGGGUGGGUGAUGGGCCUAUAGCGGGCUCAUCAGCCUAUGCUGAUGAUGAAGUAGGUGGGUGUGGUGCAACUGGAGAUGGCGACAUCAUGAUGCGCUUCCUUCCCUGUUACCAAGUCGUGGAGAGCAUGAGACAAGGAAUGAAACCAGAAGAAGCUGCUAAGGACGCGGUCUCAAGAAUCGCCAGGAAGUUUCCUGAUUUUGUGGGAGCGGUUGUUGCUGUUGACAAGAACGGGUCUCACGCAGGAGCUUGCCAUGGCUGGACCUUUCAGUACUCAGUCCAGGACCCUAACAUGGACGAUGUUCAAGUCUUCACGGUUCUCCCGUGAAAGAAAAAAAAACAGCCAGGUUUCUAAAAAGAUAAAGAAACGCCACGAAGUUCAUGUCUGGAAAUACGGAACGGCAAGCUCGUUGGAGAAUAUUCUGAAUUAUUGUUUCUUCAAAACAAAAAUCUGCUCCCCAUUGGCCAGGCAAGGAGACUCAGGAACCUCUAUUAUUAUUAUUGUUCCUGUAAACAACAGAACAUAUAUGCUUAGUUGACUUCAUGUAGUUUUGUGAUUAAAUAUUAAAUAUUUGUGAAACAUACGAGCUACAUAAAGCUUGGGGAAUUCCUUGGUA